AUGCGCCUUGGCAUUACCCCUCCCUGGGAGCUAGAAGCGCAUGUCCAGGCCGCCGUUUACAGAUGGAUGGCGGCCCAGAAAGAGCGGGGCGAACACCCCGCCUUCGAGGAGAGGGAGGCAGUUCGACGCGAGGCUCGUGAAACUGUGGUCCAACAGUGGGCAGACCACCUCGCCGUUGCCGAGUCGGGCCGCCGAACCUCGGACGCUCGCGCCGACCAUAGAAAGGUGUUGACCGGUCACGGAUGCUUUGGCUCAUAUCUGCACCGCAUUAGAAGGGAAGAGACGCCGUCCUGCCACGCGUGUCGCGGCGGUGCGGAGGACACGGCACACCAUACCCUUGCGGUAUGUGCGGCGUGGGCUCCGCAGCGCAAUACGCUUAUCGCAGCAGUAGGCCGGGACCUUGUGGUGCCCAGUAUAGUCAAAGCUAUGCUGGACAGUAACGAGGCCUGGGUGGCAAUGGCCUCCUUCUGUAAAGACGUGAUGUCUCAGAAGGAGGCCGCGGAGCGAGAGCGCGAGGAUGAUCCAAACGCGCCCUCGCUCCGGCGACGGCGGAGGGGUUAG